AUGGCCGCCCGCCUCGUGGCGCUCGCGCUCGCGCACGGCGGGGCCGCCGCGGCGGGCGCCAGGGAGACAAGCCUGCUGCAGCGCAGCGCCUCAUCGCAGCCGCGGUCUUUCACAACGCUGGAGGGCUUCUGCACCCACUGCGGGGCCACGCCGACGAACAGCUGCGGCGGCAGCCCGGGCACGAUGUGCAUCUGCGACCCGACCUGCCUGGUCUUUCCGGGCCCUGGGUGCAACGCGGGCGGCGUGUCGCAGACGUGCCGCUUUUGUGGCGUGGGCGGUGGGACCCCUGAAUGCCCCACGACCUCCACUACGAGAGCAAGCGCGAUCACGAGGACCACUCGGAGAAGAACUCAGACGACAACCACCAAAACGACGACGACGGUGACGACAACCAAAACGACCACAACCACCAAAACGACGACGACAUUCACGACCACCAAAACGACCACGACCACCAAAACGACGACGACACCGACGACCACCAAAACAACGACAACAACGACGACCACCGAAACCACAACAACGACGACGACGACCAAAGCAUCGACAACAGCAACGGCCACCGAAACAACGACGACGCCGACAACCACCAAAACGUCAGCGACAGCAACUAUUACAACUACUACGCCGACUACUACGAAGACCACGACUACUACUAAGACCACGACUACUACGCCAACUACUACUACGACUACUACGCCGACAACUACUACGCCGACUACUACGACGAUCACGACUACCGUAACGGCGACGACAACCAACACGGUGACCACACGGACAACAUCAACGACAACGUCAGCGACCACCACCACUAGCAGGACGGCAACUAGGACCGGGACUUCCACGACAACUUCAUCUCCAUGCGCUGGCUGGCGGACGACCGUUGGGAAUGCGAGCUCCUCUGCGACCUCAAGCACCAGCAACGGCCCCGUAACAACUACUCUUGAACGCACUGUCGGUGGGAAAAGGCAUUUGAACGAGAUUGCCGACGGUGGAGGGUCAUCGGCAUCGACUACUGUUGCCCGAUCGGAAUUCAUAGCUGAUAGUACCACGCCGACAUCCUCCCUAGAGAGGAGACUCUUAAAGAGAGGCUCUGCAGGUAGAUGGUAA